CAUUUCUAGUCUACAAAGUACAGAAUGGGGCCUGCAUGUUCUUAGAAUACCUAUACUAUAAAAAAAAAAAACCUCCUAUAAAUACCACCUAUCUACAUAGGCUCGAGAAAGAAUAAUACAGGUAACCACCCUUCGCUCUUCUUAAUGGUCGAAUAGUAUUAGUAUUUAAUGAAGAAUGUGGAGCUACGGAGAAGCUUCCCAAGUGGAACCGACCUGACCUGACAUGUUGACCAUUCCAGUGAUGCAACACGGACAAGGACAACAACUGGUCUGCCUGCUCCUGUCUAUCUACCAGCUCACCACAGUUACAGCAAGCAGGAUAACAAUAUAUAUAUUCUAAAAUCUUUGGUGUUACUUGUCGAGCCUCCAUGCCACGAAAUAUUCCGCCCAGAUGCCGGACAACGUGACAAUGUCUUCUUCUCAACUGAGUGCCGCAUCUCGAUCAUCUGUCUUCCCCCAGGGCCCUAGCUUCACGCUCGAGGACUUUUCUAGUCGCGACUUUAUAGUGAAAGAAUUUAUCGAAGCUCUCUCCGACAGCGCAAUCUGUAAUCGCCGUUCUACGAUCGGUCCUGCGACCGGAAACCAGCCCUUCGACCCGAAACCCCUCAUUCGCACAUUCGAGCAUGCCCAGAGACGACUAGGUGAGCUUUCUGGCGACUUAGAAAUCCGAGAAAAUGAGCUAUCGGCGGCAGUGCGCCGGGCGGAGGCACAACACUCUCAAAACCUCAAUACCCUGGGUAAAAAGUUGAAACAGGCCAUCGAGUCGUUCCAGCAAUUGGACACCUCCCUUCAUAGCACUGGGCUCCCCGGCGGAGACUACAAUGGAGCGAUGGGGAAUAUGGCAGUUGAAACAGGAAGAAAGUUAGAGGAACUAGAUCGGCAGAGACGCAGAGCGCUCGAUGCUCACUUCCUUCUUGAGUGUUGGGAUGGGGUAAGCAACAGAGGCGAAAUAACACUUUUGGAAAAUCUACGGCGAUCUGGAUCGGGCGAAGCUAAAGUACGUUCGGCCCAAAUUGCGCGACAAUUGUUGAGGAUUAGUCAAAGGCUGGACUCCAAGAGCUGGAGUGAAUCCGGCGGCAGAAAUAACGGGUCAUAUAAGAACGGGUCGGCAUCUCCAAAUGGAAAUGCUGUUGACGGAAAUAGCGGCUUCAGAUUCAACACACGGGAGAUUAUCGAGAAAUUCUCCGAGACGCUGGAAAAGGACCUGUUGAAGCAAUUUGAUGAUUUCUACCGCAAGGCAAACUUCGAGGGCAUGAAGGAUUGUGCUACGGUGCUUCAGGAUUUCAACAGCGGAGCGAGUGUUGUCGCACUAUUCGUCAAUCAACAUCAGUUUUUCAUUGAUCGAAGUCAGCUGGUAACAGAGGAGGUUGGCGGGGACCCUGAAUCAUGGGAUAAACUUGCCGACCCCGACGCCGAACCUCUGAAAGUUGAGCCUAGCCUUCAGUCAUUAAUCGACGAAGUGAGGGUCGUCGUACAGGAAGAGUCAGCGAUAAUAAAACGAGCGUUCCCUUACUAUGAGCAGGUACUUGGCAAGUUCCUACAGCGGGUCUUUCAGCAAUCUAUCCAGCAAAGGCUUGAGAUGGUCCUAGAGAAGGCAAAUAGCGUCUCAUCACUGGCUUUCCUCCGGUCUCUUCAGAGCUCUCGUAGCUCUGUCAGCACCCUAGUUGAUGAGUUAAAAGCGCACGGGCUGACUGAGCACCCAGACGCCAUUUCCUCGCAGACAUCACUUGUUCUGGACCAGCAGCUGGAAGAUUUAUUCGUACCCUACUUUGUAGGCUCUUCCUAUAUUGAAAGAGAAAAGAAAACCCUCGAAGAGCUGUAUACAUCUCUAUUAUUCAAGUUCGCCACUUUUCAUUCCCGCAGGAAGAAGGCCACAACGACUUUCAUCUCAUCCCUCUCAAAGUCCAGCAGUGAGCUUCUUGCAUCUGCACGGGAGGCAUAUAUGAGCCGUUUAGAGUCAUCGGAGGUUUCUCAUACUCAAAAACGGGUCUUACUUCAGGUGGCAGACCUGAAAGAAUCUAAUGAUGUUCCAAAGCCAAAUGACGUUAAAUUCACGGAAGAAGACGGCCAGCCUAGCGUAGCCUACGCAAAGCGGAUGCUUAAAUGGCUCGCUGAAGCAGUCGGCAGAGGAUUGGAGCUCAGCGUAAAUAGUGAAACGCCAAAGGAUAUGCUUGCACUGCUGAAUCUUCUCCUGUUUGCAAUGGGGGAGGGAUAUAUUGAGGUUUGUCUCGAUGCUGCUCUAGAAGCGGCAGUAGCUCAAGAGUCGGGCAAGGCUGAGCCCGAUUUUGCCUAUCUUCCGGCGGUUCGUGUUUCUAUAAGCAUUGCGAACUUGAUGGUAAUGUGCAUCAAUACGCUGCUUAUCCCUCUCGCGGCAGCCAGUGUUACUGUUCGUCGAGAAAUGGAAAAGAAGACCAAUUUGACAAUAGUCCGCAUCGAGGAGAAAAUCAAUACAAUCGAACAAAAAUUUAUCGAUAUUACUCUAAUGUGGGUGAACAAACUUCUCGCAGGUCAAAAGAAGAAUGACUUUCGCCCUAAGGAGGGAGACAGCACAGCUUGGCUGGAGAAGCUGCAAACACCGACAUGUGCAUCUAUCUGCGCUUUCUUAACCCGUGCCCACAAUAUUGCGGUGAUGUCAUUGCCAUCUGGCGGUGCUAAUCUACGCCAGGUGCUGACGGAAAUAGCUCUUGGAACUCGUGCUAGCCUCCUUGAACAUUUCAAGCGAUUUGUUGUCAAUGGUCCUGGUGGACUAAUGGUCACGAAGGACAUGACCCAGUACGCGGACAUACUCAAAUCAUGGGAUAUAGAUGAGCAAAUAAAAGGGCCGUCAGGAGCCAUGGACGUUCUUCUGGAAGUCGGCAGUCUCUUUGUUAUAGGACCCGAGGCUCUGCGCGAAAGGGUAUAUGGCACUGGGAGCAGCAGCGGGGGAAGGUCUGGAAACAAUGCCGCAACGACGUCAGGACGAGGCGCGGGAGGAGCUGGUCAUGUUGAAGCUGGGCUUACUGCACAGGAGGUCAGAGCAUAUGUGUUCCGCAGGGAGGACUCCAACACAACUGCUAUGCAGCAUGUCCUUAAUGUUCUAUGAUUGAUGGAGGUUCGGGCCCUGUACCUAUAUGGUCAUCUUUUUCACAACCUACGCAAUGAGGAACGGAUGGUACUAUUUUUACCUUCGAUGGACCUUUUCUCACAUGGUAUACUCAAGAAAAAAAAAUUGACCCAUUUAGGUUGGUAGAGAGCGAAGAAAUCCGGAGAGGGUUCUACCUUUACAGUACCCUAGUACCUACACUCAGGAAGAUUAGUACCUAAUUUGUCUUUUAUGACCAGAACCGUGCACGGUUGAUCAGUGAUUCGUAUCGCCCACAGUCCUAUUAAUUGGCCAUAGUUACUCCACCUACUUUGGUAUACUAUUUAUUACUAUUACUACUAACUAACUAGUUAGUUGGUUAGUUGAAACAUGAGCAUGG